AUGCAAGUCAAGCAACAGGAGGAUUCGUCCGCCGGCUUCCGGAUCACCCUCUCCACACCUUCUCUCCCUCCUUCUCUCGCACAUUCCGACUCACCGCAUUCGCUCUCAUUCACCGCCGACCUCCUUUCACGCUCCGUCACCGACUUCGUCGCCGCCGUACGAGAAGCGCAGAAGCAGGCGGUUCAGGCGACUUCUGCGACUGAUUCGCACGGCUGGCUUGUCCCGUACCUCGACUUGGCUUCGGCUCGUGAGGACGGCUCGGCGGACAGGAAAGGGCCAACUACUCGCCGGCGGAUGCACGAUGUGCGAUGGGACAGGGUUGGUGCGGCGUACAGCGCUCGAGCGAAAGCGACGGACGACUCCGCCUUGGCAAACGGCUCGCCUGCACGGUCCUUCGACCCGACAGAUACGGGUAGCGAGUAUACGGAAGGCGAAAGAGUUGCGAUAGAGCGCUGGAUUGUAGACCGCCUACGAGAAAGGGAGGAAGAGUUUGUCAAGAAGGAGGAGAUUCGAAUCUGGUGCGGGACGUUCAACGUCAACGACAAGCAGCCCAAGAACGGCGGCGCCGACAUCCAGGCUUGGGUUGACAGUUCGGGCGGCGCCGACUUACUCGUCUUCGGCUUCCAGGAACUCGAUCUCUCGACAGAAGCGAUGCUGCGGUACACGCCGUACCGAGAAGAAGUCUGGAGAAAGGCAAUUGACGAGGCGCUGGAGCGGCAGGAAGGCGUCUCGUAUGCCAGGGUCCACUCUCGACAGCUCGUCGGCGCAUUGAUCUUGAUAUAUAUCCGUUCGGACGUGAAGGACCACGUUGGCGAUGUCACGAGCGCAAGUCUCGCGACAGGCUUGAUGGGCUUGAUGGCGAACAAGGGCGCUGUUGGCGUUCGAUUACGGCGUCGCAGAUGGAAAGACACGCCCCUCACCUUCGUCAACUCGCACCUCGCCGCCUUCGUCCCUAACGUCGCGCAGCGGAACGCCCAGUUCCGCGAUACCGCCGCACAACUGCUGUUCCCCUUCGCGUCGUACGAGGAGCGGGACGCUUGGACGCCGAACCUCAAGCCUGAUGCGCCGAGACCGCUCGGAGAAGGCUGGAGCGUGUGGGAGAGCGACGUGCUUGUUUGGAUGGGCGACCUGAAUUACCGCCUCGAGCUGCCGCGCGAAGAGGUUGAGCGGAUGAUCGCGGCGGAGCAGUACGACUUGCUUCUUCAGUUCGACCAGCUCGAAGCGCAGAAGAAGCACGGCUUGGCGUUCGACGAUUUUGAAGAGUCGGCAAUUUCUUUUGCGCCAACGUUCAAGUUCGACGUCGGGACAGACACCUACGACACUUCUGAAAAGCAGCGUGUCCCAUCAUGGACAGACCGAAUCCUCUACCUUUCGACUCGAGCGGCCGCUGUUCGCGUCGCGCGGUACUUGAGUCAUCCAGAAGUGGUCCUGAGUGAUCACAAGCCCGUUAGCGCGACACUACAGCUUUCGGUCUACGAGGUCUCGACUCACGACCGCGACAAGGUGCGACAUGAAAUUGUAUCGAAACUCCACUCCUUCGCCGGCGGCACAUCACCGGAGGUCAAGCUGGAGCCUGGCCCUUCCGUCGACUUUGAACGCGUCGAGCUGGAUACGCCGACGAGCCUCGAGGUUGAGCUGGUCUUCGCAACAUGGGCUUUCGCGCCCAAAGACGGCUCGUCGUCCCUCACCCCGCCAUGGCUCUCCGUCUCGCCGACAUCCGGCCUCAUCCUCCCAUCAUCUCGCCAGCGCAUCACUUUCACCGUCAAAGUCACGCCCGACAUCGCCGGCACUCUCUCUUUCCCCACACCUGAAUCGCCCCAUAACGAUCUCUCUGAAUUACUCGUCAUCUCCCUGCGCGGACGCGAUCUGUUCCUCGCCAUCUCCGUCAAGGAAUGGGUGCCGACCGUCUUCGGCGCCAGUCUUGACUGUCUCGCUCGACUGCACGAGCCGGUCAGGACGGCGUCGAUCGAGCAGAGACGGCGGAUUGGCGUGGCGGCGGCUGGAUCUGUCGAAGACGAGGACGGGAUCGAGAAGAGCGCGGUACCGGAGGUCUUGCAUCGACUCGUCAGCUUCCUCGGCGAAUACGCGCUUGACGUUCCCGGUCUCUUCGUCACUUCAGGCGAGCUCGAAUUGACCAGACUAGUGCGGGACUGUCUCGACACGGGUGACGCCUUCCCCCUCGACAAGCUUCUCCCUUCUUGCGCCCUCUCUCAAGGUCCAGAGACAUCCGCGAUCCGCUCGGACGAGCCGGAAGACAAGCAACACCUCCUCGACGCCGUCUCAGCCCUCGAUCAGCUCGAAUCCGACAUCGGCGCAAUCUCCCUCUCUUCUCCUACGCUCCCUUCGACUUUUGCUUCUGCACCUCCCGAACUCGUAUCCUCGCCAUCUCGCACUUCGACACCCGCCGACACAUCCUCGACACUCGCGGACGAGUCCGACUCUGCCGAGCGCUACAUGGGACUUCACUCCGUCGCCGACUGUCUCCUCCGCUUUCUGGAGUCCCUGCAAGAGCCGGUCGUUGGCGGCGAGGCGUACGAGCGGGCGUUAAGGUGCGAGAACCGGGACGAGGCGUACGCGGUCGUGCAGAGUCUGGAAGAGACGCAUGCAAACGUGUUGCUCUAUGUCGUCGCCUUCCUCCGCAUCGCAAUCAAGCAGGCGACGACUCCUGCCGAACAAGCUGCGCGGCCUGACCGUUUCGCCAUCGUCUUCUCGUCGGUCCUCCUUCGCCCAUCAUCAAAAUCGGCCGGUCACUCAGCGUCGGGCAAGCCACUCGAACCAGCAAGUGUUCCGAGGCGGAAGAAGCAGUUCCUGGCGUGGUUGCUCGAGGGGUAG